UUUACUUUAGUUAUAUCGUAUCAUUUAUUUGACUAAAUCCAUAUAAAAUGUCCGGACCAGGCGUCGGCCACGAAUUCCCCGCCCAGGAAGUCUCCUGGCUCAAGCGCGAUGUCCUGCUCUUCGCCAACAGCAUCGGCAUCACCGCCGACGAGCUGCAUUUUCUCUACGAAUUACACCCCAAUUUCGCCGUCUUCCCAACCUACCCGAUCAUCCUGCCCUUCAAACUCACCGACCAAGAAGUCACCGACUUCUACGCCCGCCAGAAAUCCCACCCCGUGCCCGGCGUCCCCGCCUUCGACCCCAAACGCGCCGUCGACGGCCAGCGCAAAAUCACCGUCCUCAAGCCCCUCCCUGCCACCAGCGAGGGCCGACGCUUCGAGCUGCGCAGUCAGGUCCUCGGCGUGUAUGAUAAGGGCAAGGCGGGCAGCGUGAUGGACAGCGAGCAGACGAUUGUGGAUGCCGCGACCGGGGAGGUCUUCUCGAAGGUCGUCAGUAGUGGGUUUUUUGUGGGGCAGGGGAAUUGGGGGGGUCCGAAGGGACCCAGCACACCCAGCUAUCCGCCCCCUGAAGGCAAGAAGCCCGAUGCUGUGCACACGAUCCAGACGACGGCAGAGACAGCCCAGUUAUAUCGUCUAAAUGGCGACUAUAAUCCCCUCCAUGCGACGCCUGAGCCCGGGCAGAAGAUGGGCUUCGGCGGCGUGAUCAUCCACGGCUUGUUCAGCUGGAACGCGACGGCGCAUGCGGUUCUGAAAGCCUUUGGCGGCAGUGAUCCGAACAAUUUCAAGGAGUUUCAGGCAAGGUUUGCCUCGCCGGUGAAGCCGGGGGAUCGGCUGGUUACGGAGAUGUGGCGGACGGGGACUGUGGUGGAAGGGUUUGAGGAGGUGAGGUUCGUGACGAAGAAUGGGAGUGGCAAGGCGGUGUUGAGUAAUGGGAGAGCGUUGGUUAGGGCUGUUAGUGGGGAGGGAGGGAAGACGAAGUUGUAGUGUGAUUUUGAUCCUAUAUUCUUAGGUAGAGGAUUUGGAACUGCAUCUAUUUGC